CACGCGCGGGUACACGGUGCUCGCAGGAGCGGCCAAGAGGCAGAGCACACAGAAGGGAGCAUCAUCCGAACAACAACCAGCUAAAAAAAAAGCCCUCUGUCGGGCCAGCCCCUGGAUCCGGUCGAAGCGGGGACAUCAGAUGAUAUUAAUUUUGUUACUUUCCAGCAUUUCCAUUUCGCAGUCCGAACGUCGCUGAUGCACCGUUGCGGGCUCUACACCCCACCUAGGACACUCGGGUUCGGAACUACCGACGAACGUACGGCACCGGUGGCGGACCCUGGUAGCGUGAGUAGCGUGUCGGUAUCCCGCUGUAGCGCGUACCGAUUAGCGCGGUUUGCCAAGUUUUGCGGUUAACGGUGGCAAUUGGACCUAGUGUGAACAGCAUUUCAGAACCAGCAAACCCCCCACAGUGCGUCGAGAAGAUGGUAAAAAGGUGAUAGAAAAAGUGAAGUACUGGAGCGUGCAAGGUUGUCCAAGUUGUGUGAUUUUAUAGCCAAGAAAGCAGAUGUCGGUAGUGUCGCAGUGUUUGUGCGUGUUUUGGGGCAAAGUUUGAGCGAAAAAACGAUCCAGAAGUAAGCGUAAGCGUGAGUAGUAAGUGUUGUUUAGCGACGGAAGAACGGCAGAAGAACAACCGUGCUUAAGGAAGAAUAGAAAGACGAAGAGUGUGAUUAGUUACUCAUGCAUAGUUCAUUCCACUUCGUUAAACCGUAAGGUUAUGGAAAUAAUUUAAAGUUUAAGUGUAUCUCAGUCUUGCUGGAAGAAGGAUUCAACACAUACGGUAGUGUCGUGUGUGAUAGUUUAAUCUUCCCUCAGUUCGAUAUCAAUCCCCAUCCAAGAGUGCCAAGAGCCUAGAAGCAUUAGUCCCCCAGUUGGCAUGGAAAUGUUCGAUUCCCUUGCGAGCCGCGAAAGAAACGAUUUGUCUUGCCGUUUGUAGCUUCCGUUUGAAGUGUCUUUUUUGGCUAGUGUUCAGCCGCGACUAAAUCCGCCCAGAGAAUUUAGCGCCCACCCGUUUGGUUUACGCGCAACUUCAAGCUGUAUCUGCCGACGGAUUACUGCUGCCUGCCUGCGCCGGUGGUGAAUGCCGAGCUCGCCGAUCCAUCGCUGUCGAACGCCGGCCGCACCCGCUGCCAAGACAGCCACGGCCCCACGGUGGAGUUCAAAACCAACUGCGCGGCAACCGGCCCCGUCGGCGGUGUUCUAGGAGGAGCGGCAUCGAGCGUACCGGGCAGCGGCGCGGGCGGCAUCGGCGGUCUUGGUUGCCUCGGCGGUGGUGGAGGCGUCAGUGGAGCGGGACCGGACGGAGUAGCAGCGAACGGGACACCGCUCGGGCUCAGCCCGACCAGUGCGGCGGACUCGCAGCAGUUCAACAUCUUUCCGGCCAUCUUUAGCCGGCAGCUAAACUUCAACACCGCCACCGCCGGGUCCUGCAGCCAGUCGAAGCUGAUGGACGAUCUGCGGCCGAACCUGGUCGGCGGUCUGCUCGGCCUGCAGCAGGGCCUGCUGGACGAUCAUGCGGCCCUCGCGCACGGCGGCAACCUGGCCGCCCAGCACAAUGCCGGCCAGGACAGCAAGUUCAUGGCGCUGCAGGACAACCGGCUGAUGGGCAUCGGGGCGCACGAGAACCGGCUGCUCGGGCUGGGCGGCCAGGACCACGGCCGGGGCGGUCUCGGCGGCCCGGGCGGCGGUGCGAACGGGGACAAGUCCCUCGGUCAGCAUCGGAAGUGUAGCAGCACACCGGAGGACUUCAGCGCACUGUACGGAGGACUGUCCGGUACGCCCAUCAGUGACCAUCACCAUCACCACACGCCAGCCCACACCCCUCCGAACCGGCUGUCGGACAAUGGGUCCGUUACGGCGGAAGGUGCAUUUAAAAAACUAAAACCCGAACCAAACAGCGGCCCGCUCGGUUCCUCCGUCCCGGGUGGCAUUUCGUCGCCCGGAAGCGGCAUCUCAGGGUUGCCCCAGCAUGCUGGCCACACGCCCACCACAGCAUCCUGCCCGACACCGGCCCGAAGGCGACACCGAACUACCUUCACUCAGGAACAAUUAGCAGAAUUAGAGGCGGCCUUUGCGAAAUCACACUAUCCGGAUAUCUACUGCCGGGAGGAGCUAGCGCGUACCACUAAGCUGAACGAAGCCAGGAUACAGGUUUGGUUUCAGAAUCGAAGAGCAAAGUACCGAAAGCAGGAAAAGCAGCUACAGAAGGCGCUCGCCCCCUCGGUCAUACCGUCCUGCAAUGGCAUGAUGCGCAACAUCCAGGGCUACAGCGUUUCGAGAGGUUAUCAACCGUAUCCACAUCCAAAUUCAAUCAACCGGUAUCCCCAGGACCUGUUCCAAAUGGGAGCCUCAUCCUAUCCGGGCAUGACGCAGCCAUUCUCGAUGACGCACGGUUCCAAUAUGGGUGCUGUUGGCGUUCGCCAGGACUCGAUGGGAAUGACGGCCGAGGACGAAUGGUACAACAAAAGCUUAUCGGCACUGCGAAUGAACAGCUCCCAUCAUCCGAAUCUGUCCGCACCGAUGCUGCAAUACCAAACAUAAUUAAUGUAGAUCAAAUGAAUACCAAACAGUAGAACACACAUACACACACACACAACCAAACACAUCCAGCCACAACUUCCGCUCUGCGUUGCGUCGAGCCAUCAAACCCCUCCCACCCACAAGGAAAGGACAACAGCACAGCGGAACCAGGCGGAGUGGUGGAUGCAUCGGAAACCUGCCCCGUUUAACCGAGUGCCAUGCUGCAACGGGCAGCGAAAAUGCAUCGAACUGCAACGGGACAAUGCAGUUGCUCACCAACCCCACCAUUCUGGCCUAAACCCCAUCAUUCCCGGGGCUCGAGUUUUGUGGGUAAAUCCCCAGCGCCAUGUUGCCGAACGCCAUCUACCCUUCCUCAUUCGCGAUCACUUAACUUCGACACACAGCACUCAGGGCCAACAGCCCGGAAAUGGCCAUUAUUUUUCAGGCUCACCCUUUGCUGCGUCCUGUCAACACUGCUCCUCGCAAAAAAAAGAAUUCCAAUUCACUUUUAUGCUUCAUUGUUAUUGAUGAUGGAGAUUUUUCAUCAUCAGGCUACGCGCACAGCCCCACACAAUUUGCCUAUUAUUGACCAAUGAACGUUAAACAGAACGAGAGACAAAGAAAAAAGGCGAAAGAGAGAGAGAGAGAGAGAGAAAAAGGAAAAACUUCGGAAAACCGUUUAGUGUCCCGGCUGGUCGGAAAAUGCUAAUUGAUUUAAUUUAUUGCGUGCGGCAACGAAACAGCACUCGCUUGUGCGUCUCGGUGUGAGUAUAGUAAGCAUGUGAGAAAAAGGCUGCAAUUGUUGGUGGCGUUCAUCGUGCGUGUAACGUUUUUGCGCAAUAAAACUCACCAUAAUUGGCGCUCAUCACAUGCCGUGAAUGGCCGAUGCCGAAGGAGCUUGGAAUGAGUGGAGGGUCUAGUUAUAGGCACUACAACAAUGAAAAAGACGUCAUGCGUCUGCGGUCGGUUGACAGCGGAAAAGGCACAACUAUCAAAUACUAUCGUCUAAUGCACCUAAUGAAAAAUCAAAACUAACUUCCCCAUUUACACGCGGGGAUGCAACCGGAGCAGGAGGGAACCUGGCAAGACAAGCAGGCAAGGAAUGAUGGCGGUACGUUGCACGUGGUCCCGUGUUCACUUCAGUCAUUCCACUUUUCAUCCGUACCUCAUCAUCCAAAAAGAAGAAAAGUUAAAGGUGGUAGUCAUUUUCAAACCUAAGCAAUUCAUUCAUAUACCAGGAUACACACAAAAAAGGUCGCAAAGGAGGAAUAUAAAGAGAAUGAUCUUCACUCGGCGGAAAGGGGGAAAAGCACAGGCCCAAAAGCGCAACAAAUCAAUAGAUCCUUCCGAUUUGCUAUCCGAACGUGUGUCCCACAGACCACAAGGUACAUUCGUUCGAUCUAAGCGUAUGAAAAUGAAAACAUAGCUAAAUUAUUUUAUUUAACACAGUGCAAGAAAAUUAAUGCAGCAAGCAGGUAUGCGUGCCACGUGCAAGCAGUACCGCGAAGGAAACACUACCAGCGAUCUCUAGUUGACCGUGAUGGCCGUGGUGGUUGCCAUGGAUAUUACGGUGUUGGAAGUGUUGGACUGGAUGACUGGUAGGAUGGAAACAGUGUGGUAUGUGUGUCACCUUCGAGCACACUUCACUUCCGCGCACGCACACAGCACACACAUUCUGCCAAUGCUGCAACCAUACUUGUAUAUAGAACAAUAACGAGUAGUAAGGAAUAUUGAGGAAAGGAGAAGAAAGAAACUCCACGAAUACUAUAAACCAGGGCUGCGCUGCUGCUACAAUAUAAUACCAGCUGCUGCUAGUAUUAUAAUGCUCAGUAUAACUAAUGGGAAAUAUGUGGGAAUAGCGGGGUAAGCAUAGCAUAAAGCACGAGCAAUGAGCAACACAAAUCCAAAAGCACCCCCAGCCAGCAAGCAUGGGGAUAGGCACGGCGGCAAAGAUAGAGAGAGAGCGAAGGGGGAAAAACACACAGACACACACACCACACACAAAACAAUCCAGAAAAGC